AUGAAGGCCGAAAAGGUCAAAAGCGAAGUGGCCAAGAUGAGCGAGGAGGACAGAGCCGAGUGGAGAAUCGCAGCCGGCACAGCGGCAGCGAUGACGUGGCCCGGUGGACCAGAUUCCCGGGAGCUGGACAAGCCGACCAGCCAGACGAAGACUGUGAAUGGCGAGGUCCUGCUGCGUGUGUGGACCGGCCUGGAAGACAGAGAUGGCAGCCGCCACAGCAUCACAGCAGGCCUCAAGCAGAGGUGCGAUCUUCACAACUCCGAGGACUUGGAGGCCUUCGGCACCCAAGCGGACAUGCGCCUGCAAAGGGGAGAGACGUUGCUCCGUGCAGACCGCAUGAGCUCAGAUGCCGCCGGGGUCCACAGAGAGACCCCUCUGCUUCAGAUCCAAGCAGACAUGGAGGCGUCGAGCAAAAUGAGGAUGGCGGCCGAACAGCAGCUCUACGAAGAGGCCGAGAAGAUUGAGGAAAAACGGCGACAACUCCUCUCCCAGAGACCGAAGGUGUCAAGUGCGGCGCUCGAAAAAUUGCAAUACGAAAGCAGCAUCAGCAGGGCUCGGUCAAGUUGUGAAGCGAGUUUGUGUCGUUUCAAGACAGCUCUCAAGACCCUCAAGCUGGAGAUCGAGCAGAUGUCCGAGAACAACCCCACCACCAUGGCCGAGAUGAAGACAAGGACGGACAAGUUCGAGGAGAUCUACAAGGGUGCCGAGCAGUACUUGGAGGAGACGAUCGAGAAAUGGACAACUGCUUUGGAAAGCAACCCUUCGGACACCUCCGACGAGGCCGCCGAGAAGUGGCACCAGUACUUCAUGGAUGUUUCGGCCUUUGUGAAGACGUUCGCAUCAAGAGAUGCGGUGAAAAAGGUGAAGGACAACCUGACGGACAUCAGGGCCUGGUGUGCCGAGUACAAGAAGGGCUGCAACAAAAAGAAGCGACUGUCAGUUUCCUCGGCGAACAAGGCAGCCAAGAGCCAGAAGACAGGUAACCUGCCUCCCGGCAGCAACUCCCCACUUGGCGAGGCCCUGUCGAACCUCUUCUGGACCCAAGCAGUGGAGAACAUCGAUGAGGAUCAGGGCGUGGUGUUUGCCGCUGCCGACUGGGUUAAGAAGGAGAACCAGGCCUUUGCCCUGGUUCUGGCUGCAGCCCAGAACCAGCAGCUGUUGCAGGAGUGGCUGGAGUUGCCGUACUACGAGCAGCAGAAGACCUGGCUGGCCGAAAGCUGGAAGAAAGGCAGCGGCCCCGAGCUGUCAACCAACGUGGUCGCCAAACCGCAGCUUUGCACCAAGCUCAACAAGGAUUGGAUGAGCUGCCUUGGCAAUGCAUCCAAGCACAUCAAGGAUGUCACCACAGACGGUGAUUUGAAAGAGGUGUUUUCGCCAAUGUUUUGGAGCAUGGGGAAAAACACCAGCAAGAUCUACUUCACAACAGACUAUGCCUUGACUGAGUUCAAGAUGUGCUUGGAGGGCACAUCUGUGUGCUGCGGAUUCCAGAUCAAUACCACGAUGAUGAAAGACGGCUGGAUUGUUCAUCUGUCCCCGGGCAAAGCCCUGGGCAUCCCAGCCGGCCACUGCUACUGUCAGAUGGCCCAGGACGUCACCCAUGGCUGCCGGGUCCUGAAGCUGAGGGCCAGCGAUGAGAAGUCACCCGUUGGCCUGCUGACCGCACGAAUUGCGGAUUAUCCAGAGCUGAUUGGUUUGCGCACUGGCAGGAUUCCUCGCGAUCUUUUCCUUGCCGAUGUGCCAUCUGAUAGCAAUGUCAGUGCUGCGGCUUUGUACUUCUUUCAAAAACACCCGGUGCACAGGGAAGACCUCUGGGGAGCAAAUGCUGCAUUCAUCUGCAGCAACUCUCCUCAGCAGGUUCCAGUUGCAGACCUCGGAAAUUUUGAUGUCUUGCUGAAGGUUCCAGGUGCAGACCUCGGAAAUCUUUAUUUUGCUGAGUGUGUAGAUCUAACACUUCUGUUUUCUGCGAACAGCGAGACUAACCACAGCGGGAUGUGA